AUGAUUGUCAAAAGCAUCAUUCGGGGUCCCUGUGUGUUAUGGGACACUGGUGCCCAAGUUUCGGUCGUUUCUAAAGAUUUCAUUGAACGAAACUUUCCAUCAAUUGUUGUGCGUGACAUUUGCGAGUUAAUUGGUUCUGCGCCUUUAGACUUGAAGGCAGCAAAUGGUACAAAGUUGCCCUUCAGGGGGUGGGUCGAUCUUGAUUUUGAACUAAAAACUGGUAACACCACAACUCAUAAGCUUAAAGUACCAUUUCUAGUAUCUGAUUAUUCCAUUGAUCUACCAAUAAUUGGAUAUAACGUGAUUGAACAAAUUGUGACCGAGUCGAAGCAAGGUGGUACAUGCAAUUUGAACCCAUUAUUAUCAGCAAACCUCAACAAAGAAGCAAGUGCAAAUACGGAUGCAAUUAUUAACCUCAUUAUGUCGAUACAUGAAACGGAACAAAGCCUUUGCGUUGUCAAAACAAACAAAAAGAAAACUGUGAUCCCGGGUUCUCAAACAGUAGUUAUUUCUUGUCGUGCUAAUACGGGUUUUCUAGACAGUCAAACGCCUGUAUUGCUUGAACCGGAGAAUGAUCGUGUACCCUCGGGAUUAGACGUUGAGCAGACAGUGUUAACACUACGCGGUGGCAAAUCUAGUAACAUUGGUGUCCAAAUAACAAACACCACGAGGCAUGACAUCAUUUUACCGGGACGUUCCGUGAUUGGCAGAUUGAAUUUAGUCCGUUCUGUCACGCCAGUAGAUGUAAAGCAAUCACAACAGUCACAACAGUCUGUCACGCAUGUUAAUGAAGUCGGAUUCGCGAAUAGCAGUAGCGGAGAGAAAGUCACAGAAUUAAAGGGCUCAUUGUCUGAAAUCCGUAUUGGCGAUACUUUAACAGACAAACAGCUUUCGUUAGUUCACCAAAUGCUGACCGAAGAAUCAGAAUCGUUCUCUCAAAAUGACAAUGACAUUGGCCGCAUCGAUGACUUUCAAAUGAAUAUCAACUUGACUGAUACACAGCCGGUUCAGCGUAAUUAUACGAGGAUUCCUAGGCCGCUAUACGACGAAGUAAAGUCUUAUAUCGAGGAUCUCUUGAAUAAAGGAUGGAUAAAACCCUCUAGAUCAUCAUAUGCUUCACCUAUUGUUUGCGUGAGAAAAAAGGACGGCGAUUUACGUCUCUGCGUUGAUUUUCGUGAACUCAACAAGAAAACAUUCGCUGAUCGCCACCCAAUCCCUCGCGUGCAGGAUAUCCUUGACAAUCUAGGAGGCAACACAUGGUUUAGUAUGCUGGACCAAGGCAAGGCAUAUCACCAGGGCUUCAUAGCGCCUGAUUCUAGACACUUGACCGCAUUCGUGACGCCUUGGGGAUUAUGGGAAUGGGUUCGAGUCCCGUUCGGUUUGAAGAACGCUGUAGCCGAAUACCAGCGGUUUAUGGAGAAUAGCUUAAGUGGUUUAAGAGAUACUAUUUGCGUCCCGUAUAUAGAUGACGUUAUCGUAUAUAGUAAAACAUUCGAAGAACACAUAGAACACAUACGCGCUACUUUGCGUCGGUUGCGAGAAAGUGGAGUUAAACUAAAGGCUAGGAAAUGCAGACUGUUUCAACGAGAAGUCACGUGCCUUGGUAGAGUGGUAUCGGCGAACGGACAUCGCCCUGAUACUUCGAGCAUACAGGCUGUAUUGAAGUUGAAGCAAGACAAACCGGGUACCGUGGGAGAUGUACGCAAGCUACUUGGACUCCUCGGCUACCACCGUCAGUAUAUUCCCAACUUYUCUAAGAUAGCUAAGUGYUUAUUCACGCUUAUCCAGUCCGACGCAGGUAACGCUGGGAAGGGUAGUAUUCCAUCGACUGCUAAGAUAACCUGGACUGACGAACACCAGACUGCGCUUAAUCACCUUAUUGAUGCCUUGGUGACACCGCCUAACAAUCCGUUAACUUACGUGAACACUACAGCAAAACUCAACGCAACCGGACACAGAUGGCAAAACUCAACGCAACCGGACACAGAUGGGUUGCCGAACUGGCAGAUUUUAAUUUCACCAUCAAGUACCAGCCAGGACGUCUGA